AUGCAGGUACCGGCUCUGGGAGGUUUGGCCUAUCCGCCUCCGUUUCCCUGCCCCCCUCUCUGCUCGGAAUGCACCUCCCGAGAGACGGCUGCCCCCAAACCCUUCAGCAUCGACGCCCUCCUCUCCAGUCCUUCUCCCCCGGGGCUAGCUGCCAGCUCCGCCGUCGCCCAGCCUCUGUACCCGGGCUUGGUGCCUUCCCACGCCGGCUACCCUCUGUAUUACGGGGCGCCCCUACUCUACAGGACCAGCUUCACACACGAAUACCCACUGGCUAGAGCUGCCAUCACUCCACUCAAAUCAAAAGGUGCCAAGUCCAAGAGGGUGCGGACUAUCUUCAGCCAUGAGCAGCUCGCUCGCCUUGAGGAAGAGUUUGCCCGGCAGCAGUACAUGGUGGGCUCCGAGAGACUUCUGCUAGCCACUGCCCUGCACCUCAAUGAAUCACAAGUCAAAGUCUGGUUCCAGAACAGAAGAAUCAAAUGGAGGAAACAGAGCCUCGAGCAGCAGCAAGCCAAGCUGGCCAGACUGGGUAUUGUGGCCACGCAGGCCAGCCCAGACUCUCAGAGCACCGGUGAGGGGCCCUCUCCUGAACCCCAGCAUGAGGACCAGCCCUGA